AUGCAGGAGAGCACAAGAGAAAAGGUCAAGGAGAAUAUUGCACGUGCCAGCUCUCGGGUCCCAGUUCAAGUCAGCUCUCAGGUCCCAGCUCAAGUCAGCUCUCAGGUCCCAGCUCAAGCCAGCUCUCGGGUCCCAGCCCCGGCCAGCUCUCGGGUCCCAGCCCGGCCAGCUCUCGGGUCCCAGCUCAAGUCAGCUCUCAGGUCCCAGCUCAAGCCAGCUCUCGGGUCCCAGCCCCGGCCAGCUCUCGGGUCCCAGGGCCAGCUCUCGGGUCCCAGCUCAAGUCAGCUCUCAGGUCCCAGCUCAAGUCAGCUCUCAGGUCCCAGCUCAAGCCAGCUCUCGGGUCCCAGCCCGCCAGCUCUCGGGUCCCAGCUCAAGUCAGCUCUCAGGUCCAGCUCAAGCCAGCUCUCUGGUCCCAGCCCCGGCCAGCUCUCGGGUCCCAGCCCCGGCCAGCUCUCAGGUCCCGCUCAAGUCAGCUCUCAGGCUCCAGCUCAAGUCAGCUCUCAGGCUCCAGCUCAAGUCAGCUCUCAGGUUCCAGCUCAAGUCAGCUCUCAGGUCCCAGCUCAAGUCAGCUCUCAGGUCCCAGCUCAAGUCAGCUCAGGUCCCAGCUCAAGUCAGCUCUCAGGUCCCAGCUCAAGUCAGCUCUCAGGUCCCAGCUCAAGUCAGCUCUCAGGUCCCAACUCAAGUCAGCUCUCAGGUUCCAGCUCAAGUCAGCUAUCAGGUUCCAGCUCAAAUCAGCUGUCAGGUCCAAGCCAGCUCUCGGGUCCCAGCUCAAGUCAGCUCUCAGGUCCCAGCCCCAGCCAGCUCUCAGGUGCCAGCUCAAGCCAGCUUUCAGGUCCCAGCUCAAGUCAGCUCUCAGGUACCAGCUCAAGCCAGCUCUCACGUCCCAGUUUGGAGUAG